AGAGGAAUUCGCCAGAUAGGCUCAGAAUCAGGCAGUGGAGAAUCAGGACCAACACCCUCCUGCCAUCCAUCAGCCCAAGGACAGCAUGAAGAGACCACCUCCCAUGUCUCCUGACUCUGGACCCACAGAGGCAUGAUGGCCCAGGCAGCCCAACUGCUACUGCUGCUGCCUUUGCUGUUAAUGGGUUCACAGGGACAAGUGUUCCCAGUGAAGUACCAGGAGGGGCAGACACUCAGAGUGAACUGCAGCUACAAUCCCCAGAGAGCUGAGAAGAGGUGGAAAAUCUGGUGUAAAGUGAGAGAAGAUGAACAGUGGUGUACAACAGUAAUUAUCAGAAAGUCAGGCUUCCCUGAGCAACGUCGGGACUCACGAGCCUCCCUGGCAGAUGACACCUACACUGGUAGAAUCACCAUCACCAUGUCUAACCUCAGGGUGAAGGACUCAGGCAUCUAUUGGUGUGGAAUCCAUGACUCUGUCAGGAACACUAUUGAUAUUCUCAGGACAAUCAGGCUGGAGGUUUCUCCAGCCACAAAAUCGAAGACCACCAAAGGUUCUCAGCCUACCACUGAGACAUCUUUCACCACCAAACAUUCUCAAACUACCACUGAGACAUCUGUCACCACCUCUGCCAUCUUCUUGGCCACCAGCAGCCCAAGAGACAACCAGAAAUUCAUCAUAUGGGGCUCAGUGCUGGUGUCUUUGCUCCUAGUUGGGCUCCUCAGUGCGGGCAUCAUGUAUACCGUGAAAGUCUCCCAAAAACCAGGGACAGGUGAUGAUGAUUGCCAUCAUGUCUAUGAUGACCUUGAGGAGCAGAAGCAAAAGGCCAGGGACGUCACCAUAGAAAUGCAAGACGAGGGUUCUGAAGUCAUCCAAUAUGCCUCGGUGGUCCAUGCAACCCAGCUCAGCCUUGGGGAUUCAAUCUAUGCCAACACACAGAUGGGGCACAACCCUGAUUUGACUCCUAUCUGCAGUGAGUCUGUGGAAUACGCCAGCAUUGCAAGAACUGGACGCCAGCUUCUCAAAUAAGUUUCCCCUCAGGAGGCAGUGGUGAAGGACUGGAUAGUCAUUGAAGGACAUACUUAGUAUAGAACCUCAAGUUUUGGAGUGAUAGGAGACAUGAGGGGCAUGGGAGAGAAAGCAUGAGGAGACCUAGCCCCUGCUAUUGAGGUGGCAAUAGUUUCACUGGGAACACCAAGGCAGGAAAUGAUUUGAGGAUAAUUGAAAAAUCAACAUAUUAAUAUAUUAAGGGAUUGAUUGUCUCAUACAUUAUGGGCUGAUUUCUCCAUAUUCAUAUAUUAAUGGGCUCGUUUACCCACCACAAAUUUGUGGGCCCUCUCUGCUGCUCAGUCUUCCUUCUCUAUAUGAGGGAUUCUUACUCAGCAGGCCUACUUACCCCUUCCCUACCCCCACCACCCCUAAGGAUUAAUCAGUCCCAUGUGAAAAACUUGAACCCUUGGAAGUGAGAACAAGGACCCUCUGUGAAGCAGAGUUACUGUAUAUGGGGGAGAGAAGGAUGAGGGUUUUGGUACAGAGGAAGGGACAAGGCACCAAGAAGAUGACAUAUUUUUCCAAUUUCUGAGAGCCUUAGAGCAGAGGGGAGGACAAUAGAAGAGACAAGUAACAAGAGGGGUUCUUCCCAGCUCUUAGUGAAAUGAAAGAAGAGUCAGAAGAAGGGAAUAAGUUGAAUGGGAGGAUAUGAGUUCAAAUUUGUUUUGCUCGACUAU